AAUAAAUAUUUUAUUCCCAUUGUUGUUUCCACACCAGGCCCAAGGACACGGAAACUGAAAAAGAAGAAGAGCAGCACCAAGGAGGACAAGCGGCCCAGGACAGCGUUCACGGCCGAGCAGCUGCAGAGACUGAAAACCGAGUUCCAGGCCAACCGGUACAUAACGGAGCAGCGGAGACAGUCCCUGGCCCAGGAACUCAACCUGAACGAGUCCCAAAUUAAAAUCUGGUUCCAGAAUAAGAGGGCCAAGAUUAAAAAGGCCACCGGGUACAAGAACGGCCUGGCCCUGCAGCUCAUGGCUCAAGGACUGUACAACCACUCGACUACCACGGUGCAGGAGGACAAGGAGGACAGUGAAUAGGACAAGAAGUGGCCCGGACAUUUCCCUGCAGAGGGCCUGACUCUUUUUGGCUUUUGGAAAUAAUAAAAAAAAAAAAAAGGACUGGAAAGUGUGGGAGACGCUAUUUAAAAAAAAACACAGAUUUCUGUUUAACAGUAUAUGGACAUAAUUAUAUAAAUGAACGAUCGUUAUUAAAGUUUAUAUAGCCAAACAGUUAUCAUGUUGUAUACAGUAUAUUUAAUUUCACCUCUCAUCCGGAUCUUUUCUGUCAUUGUUUUUUUUUUUUUUUUUUUUUUUUUUUUUAGGAUGUCUAAUUGGCUCUUUAGGUUUUUGUGGCCCCCCUCCUCUUGUCCCCAAACACAUUUUCCUUCCACACAUCAGUCCGCAGACUCAGAACAAGCC